UAACCUUCCCCGCAGAGAGGUUGGACAUGCUACUUCCACGAUAGCUCCCUUCGUCCAAUCCCCGCCCCUCGUUGCGAUUUAACCCGCCUCAGGCCCUCAGGUCCUCCUCAUGUCGCACACCGUGUCCCUCGUCCGAAAAAUCCACCGUCCACGGCCCAUCCACUGACCGUCACCAUGGAUGAGAAGAAAAUCCCCCACGACGCCCUGGGGGAGGAUGAUGUCCAGCUGGCCGAGCUGGGCCACAAGCCCGAGCUGCAACGGAACUUUUCCACCCUAUCGAUGCUCGGGUUGGCGUUUGCGGUGCUUAAUUCCUGGACGGCUCUCUCCGCCAGUUUAUCCCUCAGUUUACCCUCCGGGGGGAGUGCCAGUGUUGUCUGGGGCCUGGUUACGGCGGGUGUCUGCAAUCUAUGCAUAGCGGUGUCACUAGCCGAGUUUCUAUCCGCAUAUCCAACAGCGGGAGGCCAAUAUCACUGGGUAGCCGCAGUCUCCUGGCCAAAAUGGGUUCCCAUUCUGUCGUGGAUUACCGGAUGGAUUAAUGUGGCGGGAUGGGUUGCUCUUGUCGCCACCAAUGCGCUUCUUUCCUGCGAAUUAAUUGCAGGGAUCGUGUCAUCCGUGUAUCCUGACUUUGUGUGGCAGCGGUGGCAGGAGUUUCUUAUCUACGUGGGAUACACCCUCCUCGCCUUUGUUGUCAAUGCCUUUAUGAACUCCGUGCUGCCAAUUAUCUAUCGGGGCGCCUUCACCUGGUCCAUCGGGGGGUUUGUUCUGAUUUCCAUCACGGUGCUGGCAUGUGCCGCGCCGGAUUUCAACUCGGCUCGCUUUGUAUUCUGCGAUUUCGUCAACCAGACUGGGUGGCCGGAUGGAGUAGCUUGGCUACUGGGGCUUCUCCAAGGAGGACUCGGAGUUACCGCUUUCGAUGCGGUGGCCCAUAUGAUCGAAGAGAUCCCCAACCCUUCAAUCAAAGGGCCCAAGAUCAUGGUCGUCUGUGUUGGAAUCGGCACUUUCACCGGGGCAAUCUUCCUGAUUGUCUUGCUCUUCGUCGCGGGCGACAUGAAUGAAGUAGUCACAUCAAGCGCCGGGCCCCUCCUGGAAAUUCUCAUCCACGCGACUAAUAACCGGGCGGGUGCGAUCUGCUUGCUUAUGCUACCUUUGGUUUGUUUGUUGUUCGCUACCCUCAGUGUCAUGACGACGAGUAGUCGGAUGAUCUACGCGUUUGCCCGAGAUGGUGGCCUCCCUGCAUCCAAGUUCUUCUCGCGCGUGCAUCCUCGGCUGGGUCUUCCCCUCAACGCCCUGAUGCUGACAUCCGUCGUGGUGAUUGUUUUCGGGUUCAUCUACCUGGGAUCCAGCAGUGCCUUCAACGCCAUCGUGUCCGCCUCGGUGGUCGCCCUGGACCUCUCCUACGCGAUGCCGAUUGCGGUGAACUGUCUGCGUGGACGGAGAACUUUACCCGAUCGGAGAUGGAAGGUGCCCAAUGCGAUUGGAUGGGUGAUUGAUAUCAUCUCGCUGUCGUAUAUUGCCCUCACGACCGUCUUGUUUCUUUUCCCGCCUGAUCGCCCCGUUACGGGCAGCAACAUGAACUACUGUAUCGUCGCCUUUGCAAUCAUCGUCGUCAUAUCCGCGGUGCAGUGGAUUGUGGAUGGACGCAAGAACUUUACUGGGCCUCGAAUUGACUUGACUUGAUGGAAUGAUAGUGUGAAUGCCCAUAGAUCAAUCGCUUGUGCAGGGUUACAGGUGCAGGCUGUAUAUAAUCAAAACCAUAAAGGCUGGAGCAAUUGACCAAUGUAUAU